GAGCAAAAGCCGAUAUAUUCUUAGCAUCUUCCAAAUGUUCAGCCCCAGUCGUCAAGUGCUGCUCUUGGGGGGCGAGGUUGAGAGGGAGGGUGACGCCAAGACGGGAGAGAAAUACAUGCAUCAAUAGGCAAGGCUACAUAUUUCUCCUCCUACAAUCCCGUUAUAACGUUGCCUACUCUGCUAAUACGGAGGAGAUAGUGUGAAUUUAAAGAGCCAGGAGAUCUGAUGAAGAUGAAGACAGUCAGUGUGGUGGUGCUGAGCUUGCUGCUCUGCUCAGCUCUGAUGGCCCCUUUGAAAGGUAAAGAAGACUCCCAGCAGACCAUGUUCUUUGGGGAGGACUUCCAUCUGCAGCUGCCCUCCCUGGCUGCAGAGGUUUUGUUCCAGCCCAGUAAUGCCAAGGCGGGGGUCGAGGUGGUCCUGAUGCGGGGUGGGUCCGUGGUCGGUAACCGUGCCAAGCUCAACAGUCAGCUCAGUCACCUGAUCCUAGCGAAUGUGGGUGAGGAGGACGAGGGGACAUACUCGGUGAAGAAAAACGAACAGCCCGAAGAGGUCCGACGGAUCACACUCAUCGUCAGAGACUGUUCCAACGAGCAGAACAUUAAGUAUGGGGAGAACUUCCACAUCCAGCUGGCGGGGGUGGAGGCUCCCAUCACCCUGGAGUAUAGGCCCAGUGCUGUGGAGGCCAACCUGACUUCCAGGCCGGCCCUGGUGCUGAUGACCCGAGGAGGGCUCUCCAGAGACGGGUACCAGGGGCGCCUGAGUGUCAACGAGCGCCGGGUCACCCUCAACACCGUGACAGGCGCUGAUGAGGGAAGCUACACCAUCAGAGACACUAACAUGAAGAUCAUUAGGAAGGUCUGCCUAAAUGUCAAAGAACACCAGAACUUUGUGAAGCUGCCGUACGGGGGCACCCUGAAGAUCAACCUGAUUCUGAAUGCCUCCAUGGUGCGUCUGUUCUACACGCCCGACUCCGACUUACAAACCAGACAGAUCCUGGACGGAGGACAGUUAACGGUGCCAGCGGACCUGGAUCUGGAGGGGCGGAUCUCUCUGGAUCCGUCUAUGGUUAUUCUGGACCAGGUCAAGGCCAGCGACGUCGGACAGUUCAAGGUCAAGGACAUACUGGGGUUUCCUGUGUCCAACGUCUACCUGGAAGUGGAGGCCUACAAGCUGCCGUCCCUCUACGUGGCAAUCAUAGCACUGGUGGGCUUCCUGGUUCUCCUGCUGUUGGUGUGUCUGCUGUCCUGCCUGGUCAAGCAGAAGAAGAGGGCUGCCAAGGCCCGAGCCAUUGAGAAGAUUGCCCAAAAUGCAGGCAAGGAGGAUGAGGGAGAUGCCUUCAGACAGGUGGUGAAGAACAUUACUCAGUUUGAGGAGUCUAUAGCCCAGUCCAUCGACAUCACAGAGAAGUCUCAGAGCACUGAGGUGGACAUUAAAGGUCUGGAGGUGUCGUCCAAGGAGGUGGCAGGUGGUAACCUGGAGACCAGUGACUCAGGGGUGGAGUUUAACACCACUGGCCUCCCAUUGGACACUGACACUGACGUCCCCGACCAGAUUCCAGAAUCAGAGGCUGAGACUGAGAGUGUUGCCUUCGUCCCAGAAACCAAGCCAAGCCCACCCCUGGUUACCAAACCUAGCCCGGUUCCUGAGAUAAAAAAAAUCUCUGAACCAGCUCCUGAACCAAAGUUGACCAUAACCAAACCCGUUGAGACCAAACUCAGCCCAAUCCCAAGCCCGGUCUCCAAGCAGGCUCCAAGCCCCAUUGCCAAAACACCUGAACCAGCCAAAACUCCUGAUUUCAAAACUCCUGAUCCGAAAACACCUGAAUUGAAAACACCCGAACCAACCAAAACUCCUGACUUUAAAACUCCUGAACCGAAAACACCUGAAUUGAAAACACCUGAACCAGCCAAAACACCUAUUGCUGCGUCUCCAAGCCCGGUGUCCUCUAAGCCAACCCCACCCCUGACCCCUGUCUCCAAACUAACUGCACCCCAACCAUCAACCCCCGAACCCCCAAGCUGGCUACACCAACUCCAGAAUCCCCCAAGCCUGUUACACCUACCCCAGAAUCCCCCAAGCCUGUGACAUCAAUCCAGACUCCGACCCCAACCCCAAUGCUGAGCCCUGAACCUGCUCCGACCACCAAUGGCACACCCGAACCACCAGCACCUGAAUCUAAACCUGACACUGCUCCAGCCCCAGUGGGUCUGAUCGAAAGUCCUGUUGCCAAGGCAACCCCUCCUAAAACCCCUGAAGUGGAGGUGACCGCCCCAAGUAGUCCAGCCCUUGAGGCCAAAAAGGACACCCCAGCUGAGGACAACACCGCCACCACCGCAACCUGAGAACAGUCCCUGCACUCCUCCAAGGGAAACCCCACAGACCCAUUAUCCUAUCCUCCUCCACCACUGUAGACAGACAAUCGAACACCCCCCUUACCAAAUAAGGAAGAAAUCACUGCUACUAUUGAGGCUGGGACUUAGAUUUAACAUUUCUAACGCUCGAACAUGCUGUAGGUUGUUAUGAUAGCUAACUCACCUGUACCUAACACUAACAUUAUCUUUGGGAUCAUUUUUUCAAUUCACAGAUACUUUUCACAAGAUAGGAAAUAUAAUCAAGCGAGUUCCGUUUUGUCAGACGUUUUAGCUGUUGUUGUUUCUUUUUUAACUUUCUAUGCUACAUACUCUUUUUUAGUGUGAAAAAUAGAGCAUGACUGCCGGUCUGCCAACAAAAUCAGUUGCAGAGUUUACAAGUAAAAUGUUAAACCUAGCUUCUUUAGAUAUAUUUUACCUUCAGAGGUGUGCAGAAUGGUUCCACACCCUUUUACAUAGAUAUAGGAACAACAGAAUGGCAAGUGAACAUGACUCAAUCUAGUUCAACUACAUCUAUGACCACCUACUCCAUUCGUGGAAUGAUUAAACCUUUGAUGAUGCCUGCUCUAAUCUCAGCAUGUGGAGAAACAGACCAAAACGAAAGCACGAACCGCUCGUAAAUUUGCAACUGACAUUUUUUAUCUCAUAUGAUGAAACCAAUGACAUGAUUUAGCCCCCCCCAAGGACUUAUAAAUGUGACUCUGACAUAACGUUCUCGUCAAACUGGAUGAAUUUAAAUCACCUUUCUAUCAAACUGGACUGGAUUCCUUCAAUCUCCUUGUGACAUUCUCUAGUAGUUUUCCUGAAACCUGGGAAUCCGGGAAUCUGGAAUUUUUCCUGCUGGUCCUCUGCCAUCCUAUAGAAACAUCUAGAAUACUUGAAUGAUGAAACAUCCUGAUACAAAGGAGCCCCAGCAACACUAACACCUGAAUGCUGAACUCUAACAUCAAUACCUUCUGCUAAACUAAAUCUAACUUUUGUUUAAAAUGGAUGUCUCAUGUGAUUGCACUCCAAACUACAUGAGAGACUGUAUUGGUUAUAAGGUGUUGGCCAACUCUGACUGACUGUCCCAGUGAAUCUCUAGAAUCAGUUUAAUCCAAGAGAAAGAGCUUGUUUUGAUCCUUGACCUCACCCCAGCACCCGAAGACCCCAAGGCCACACCCCAGCACUUUAAGCAAUCCCCAGUGAAUCUUGGGAAAUGUAGUGCUGAUUGUUAUUGUGCUGACUACAACUAUGAGAGUGGGAGAGGGAGAGGAGGAGGGAUCUGGUGAGUGAUGUCAUUGGCUUAGUCCUAACAUUUAAAAAAGGAAUCUUCCCUUCUCUAUGUCCUUCUUUACUUCCUUCCUUCCUUCUGUACUCCCUCUUUUCCUUCCUCUCUUGCUUGCAGCAGGUAGUGAAGUACAGUAUUAUGGCAUGGUUUCAUCUGGCCGAUAGAUGUAGUUUUUUUACUGUAGGUCCUGCCCUCUUGACUUCUCGUUUAUAGCUUAUGGGUCAGCCUUUAUACCCCAUGAUGACUUAUAAAAGUACAGUAUGAAAGUAUAAUCUUCCCUGAGAUGAUAGAACAGAUCCAUGUCAGACUAUUCCUUGCCUACACACAUCUAAAUGCAUUACAGUCGUCUAUGAGCUACAUACUGGAGGCCUUGAGCCAAUGGUAGAUGUGCUCCACGGCUCUGAUGCCUAGUAUGGUGACCUCACAGUACAGUAUACAUGUAGUUCUGGUUAUUUUCUCCAGCCUAAAACAGAUACUUCACAAAUAGGGUUAACCCACUAGCAUCCAUCCACAGUACUGGAUAUGAUGUCAAGGCAUGGGUUGAUGUGUUCUAAUAGCCUAUCCUAUUGCCAUUGGUCUCUCUGACCGCCCUAAAAAGGUCCUGCGAGAACUUCACUAACUAUUAACUCAGUGUACCACCAUCUCCAGGACUGUGCCAUGACGCCAUCUGUUUUUAGUUGCUUGAAGCUAUGUUGCUCUAGCCUAGAUUUACAGUGCAAUAAGACUUUGCUGGUGGGUAAAACUCCUGUAGCCGCUAUGUGUUACAGGACGAGGUGUGCAGAUACAUUUUGCUUGACAAAAGACAUAUCUCUACCUCAGUGUUUUAACUGACCGCCGUGACAGACACCUUGAAUGGUACAUUGAGUUCAGUGGACUACAUCUAAAAGCAUUUAGGAUUUUUAAGAGAAGCACAAAUAGGAGCCGUGUUAAGUUAACCAACACAUAGAAAGUACAUUCAACUUCAAACGAUGGCCUUUCUCUUUCUAAACACUUCCACAAUUCUAACACAUUUUUUAAUGCUAAAAUGAAUAUGAGAAUAAAAUGAAAGUUAAAAGCCAUAUGGUAAGAUAGAGAUAUAGAUGUUGAUAUGAUUAGUACAGUAUAUGAAUCAUGAUGAAUACAGUAUGAAUACAUUAGUGUUUGAGGUGCCUAAAUUCUUUGCGAUAUUGUCAUUCAACUGAUGUAAGUGAUAAAAUGUCAAGGAUUAUGUAAAAUUCUACCACUGAAGAGAUUUGGCCCCACUCUCAAUCUCAAUCUCGACCGCAGUGCUCGUUAAGCUCUGUCGUGUGGAGCCGUAACACCCAUUUAGGCAAUACUAAAAGCAGUGUUUAGCUGUUUCUGCACACACACACACACACACACACACACACACACACACACACACACACACACACACACACACACACACACACACUCGCUUAUGACCCUGCUGAUGAGGUUCAGCAUUGUAAAUAUUGCAUGUGUAAGGUUUAAAAAGUCUCCUUUCAAAGGUUGAAUGUGUUUAGUGAAUAGAAUGGUUGUUGUAUUAUACUUGAUGAUAUAAAAAAGCUAAUCUAAUUUCUCACCUGUGCAAAGCCUACAUGCUGAUUAUUGAAUAUACUGUAUACAUACAAACUAAUCUUCACUAACUUAUAAAAUACAACUUGAACAACUGAAAAUGGUAAACACAACUGAAUAAGUACAUAUGUUUCAGUGUCACAGAUCUUCGAAUAGAUCUCUAAAAUAUUUUGAUUGGAUUAAAUUUUAUUAGUGCUAUUUCAACCCUAUGAUGAUAACACUCACAGUAUAACACCCUUACAUAACGUUAUAUAUAUAUAUAUAUAUAUAAAAUACAGAAUUAUCUAUGUCACUUUAAAGAUAAAGACGUUUAUUGCAGCAUGUCCACAUGAUCUCCUCAAAGACAGUAUUAUUAUUAUUCAGAUUUUUCUGCUUUUAUUAAAGCUGUCUGUGUGUGUGUGGAGGAUUGAUCAGUCAUACUGUUAUCUUCAUCAUGACGUUUGCGUGUGUGUGUGUGUGUGUGUGUGUGUGUGUGUGUGUGUGUGUGUGCGUGUGUGUGUGUGUGUGUGUGUGUGUGUGUGUGUGUGUGUGUGUGUGUGUGUGUGUGUGUGCGUGCGUGCGUGCGUGUGUGUGUGUGUGACACAUCAUGUUGUAUCUGUGUCUAGGUAUAAAACUCUAGCAUACGUGUGUGUGAUGAAUAGAAAAUCACAACUUCAGCUGUAUGUCGACUUUACAUAUCCGUGCUUAGAAAUGAUUGUCCUCAAUGAUCUGCUUAUCAUCUGACAUUUGUUUAGAAAACGGUCUGUGUUUGUCCAGUCAGUGUAGUUAACAUCACACAAACCUGCACCUCCGAGGUGCUCUACACGGGAUGACUCUCAUCUUUGAUUUAGUGCCUCAAAUAUGAAAUCAAAUAUUCAAUGGCUAGUCAGCCUAUAUUCUAUAAAUACACUCCAAGAGGCACCGUUCGGUUUAUAUGAUGUAGGGUGGUCUCAGACUAAACAGCGGUAAAGUACUAUAUGCAGACCUGACUACCCUAUAGGUCUACUGUACUGUAUAUAGAGACACAACACAGUCAGGAGAUACAGAAUAUUGUAGUCAGGACAGGAAGUGUUUAAUAUAAAGCACUCAGACACUCAGUCAUGAUUGGAAGAGUGAUAAAUGACCUAGUUGCUCGGUUGUCAGGGUUUAUUUGAAUGUGCAUUAGCAUGAGAUGAAUAACAUCAUACUGAAGUGUAUUGUGUAACUUGGUGAGACAGUAACUGCUGUACAUCUUGGGAAAUCAGUGGCACUGUUUGUAUGUAAACAGCAGGUUGAAUUCAAAAUGGAUGCCAAAGCCUCAAACAGUAUUUGAGAUCUAGCCCUCCUGAUGUGGAACUGAGAUGUGCAUGUGGAUGAAUUUGACAUGUUUUAUACCACUACUGUAUUAUAGCGCUUCCCAAAAGAGGGGGUAAUGUAACAAACCUACCCUUGGUAACCACAUUACCAGCACCUCCUAAUGAGUCAACACUAUUUGGGAUGGUUGGUUCGUGUCUGGGUCUUGGGACCAGAAGGUUGUGGGUUCAAUUCCCUCCCUGGCUGGGACAGACCCCCCAAAUUCACUCCAGUGUUCUCAUUGGUGUUCCUUGCACUAUGUGAGUGAUCUCUCUCUGCCCUGAUUCUGAUUCUGUCUGUUGAUGGCCUGUGUUGCGUUCCGCAGUCUGUUGAUCUCCCUCCUCCCUUUUUCACAACACAACACACAGGCGUUUUGUAAAGGAAAGGUGUUAUUUCUUUAUUUCAUGUCUAAAAAAACAUACGAAGAAUAAACAAAAUAUUAUGAGAAAAAAAA